ACCAGGGGAACAACCCUGAGCCUGCCGUAGCUCAUAUAGCAUCCUGAGAUUAAGAGGGGGCAGAUGCACCUUGCUCUCUGCAGCCAGGCGGACAGACUGUGAGCAGAGUGGCGUAGGCAGCACAGGGAUGAAAAACUUUGAAGGUCAUGCCCUGCCAGGGUGCUACUUCCUGGCAGUUGGGGUCCUGUGGUCUGUGAAAUACCCCAUCAAGUAUCUCAUGCAGAGGGAGAAUGAAUACAUCAGCAAAAAUAAGUGGUACCAGUAUCUGGAGCUCCUGGAAGGGAUGGGCAAAGUUAUCACUGCUCUAGCGGGGAUUCUUGCUGGACAGUUUAUUCCCGAGGGCCCCCAUUUGCAUCUCUACGCCCAGGAUCACACUUGGGUGGACCUGCUGACUUGGACACAUGGAACCAUGUACUUUGCUUAUGUCCUCGCUGGCCUAGUGGAUAUUCUCAUCUCCCUCCCACUUGGGCUGCCCCCAGGGCUGGAUCGCUUCAUGCUCUCCCAGGCGCUGUUUGUUGAAGGUUUUCUCUUUUAUUUUCAUGCCCAUCACCGCCCCGCGCUGGAUCAGCACAUCCACUCACUGAUGCUCAUUGCCAUAUUUGGUGGUGCCCUCUGCUCCCUUCUGGAAGUGUUCAUGCGAGAUCACCCAAUCUUGGAGCUCUUAAGGACUACCAUGUUCCUUCUCCAAGGAUCCUGGUUCUUGCAGAUCGGGUUUGUGCUGUACCCACCACGGGGAGGGCCAGGCUGGGACCAGACUGAUCAUGAAAACAUCAUGUUCCUCACCAUGUGCUUCAGCUGGCACUAUAUAGGUGCUCUCCUCCUCUUUAUCAUCAACUACACCAUCGUUAACUGUUGCAUUGAGAAGUGGAAGAAAUAUGGCCGUCGGGGAAAAGUUGGGAGUUCGACGUUCACCAUGAGUUCGUAUACUCCUCUCCUACUGGGAAUGGAUAACGUGGAAAAUGUUGACUCCACGCUGGGGUCUCUUCCUUCCUAGAAGCCAGGAGGGUUUUCCUGCCCCCAAAUAACAUGGCUGCAGAUUUGUCAUGGUGUUUUUUUAACAAAAAAAAUCACAGCGAGCUCACAGUACAUUUACUAAAAGUCUCAGGUUUAGGAAGAAAUGUUAAAAGUCACCAGGGGGACAUGUCAGAGUGGUGUAGGGUGACCACAUGUUCAGAUUUUAUAGGGACAGUCCCAAUUUUUGGGUCUUUUUCUUAUAUAGACCCCUAUUACCCCCCCACCCCAUCCAGAUUUUUCACUUGCUGUCUGGUCACUGUAGAGUGGUGGUGUUGGGUCUUGCCCCUAGGGGAUGGAAGGCCCUUGGGGAAGGAUUGGGCCUACCCCCAAAGGCUGGGAGACCCUGGGGGAGGUUGCAGAGUGACCCCAUCUCACACUCACCCUGCAGUGGGGCGCCUGUGCCCUGAGGCCUCCCAGAGACAUCAUGGAUCAAUGGAUUAAAAACCAAACACAGCAUCUGAUUCCCACCCACCCCCAUGACAAACGUGCAGCUCCACAAAUAACUAGUGAGAGGAAAAAUGGAUGGGGAAGCCGGAGAUCGAGGUUCAAUUCCUAGCUCCUCCCAAACAUUCCCCUGUGAUUCUAGCCAAGUCCCUUAACCUUUCUGUGCCUCGGUUAAUCAACUGUAAAAAUGAGGACAAUACUUCCUUUUGACCACUGUCUAGUCUAUUCAGUUUGUAAGCUCUCCAGGGCAGAGGCCAUCUCCUUAUGUAUGUACAGCACCUAGCACAAAGGGGAUGUGAUCUAGAUGCUCUAGAUUACAGCUGGGCAAAAAUAUUUCACACAAUUUAUUUGCUGAAAAAAUGCAAUACUGAUCAACCCCAAUUCACAUGAUCGCCCCCUCCGGCUUAGAUGCCAUUCACAAAACAGAAGAAAGGUAUCACCACCUCUUCUUCUUCUGUUUGUUGUGUGAAUCUAGCCCUUUAAGAAUGUCCAAAAACAUUUGUUUCAGGUCAAAUGACGUGCUUCAUUGAACCCAAAACAGAUUUUUUCAGUUCAGCAACAUUUUUUCAGUUUUCAAAUUCAGUUCAAUCAGCGCCCCUCCCCCACCCUUUUUUUAAAUCAGAACAGCCAACUGAAAAAUGAAUUAUUCACCCAGCUAGACUCUAGCCACUACUGUAAAUGCAAAUGAAUGUACACUAGCUGUCAUUCAGUUCUCUUUCAGCGGAAUAUAAAGGAACUUAAGCAAAGUGACUUACAGUGGGAGUCUUAAGCACUUUGAGAAUUUUGCUCAUCGUCAUCAUUCCAUUCCUACCCUCGCUGUUAAGACAGAAACCCUUUCCAUUAAACAGAAACAGCAGCACAUUCUCCCUUCCCACAUAACAACGCUGCCUGUUCUGAUGCCUGUUGCUCUGGGGUGCAUCAUUUGUGCCUUUAAGGUGUUUAAGGCAAAAGCGCAGGCGUUGGCCUGGCAGUCAGCUCCAGAGCUACGUAAACAAUACUUGACAGAAAGAUGACUAAGUAUUGAAAAUAGGCACCAGGUACAGGACUGGAGUCACAAGUACUAAAUCUGGAUCUGCCAGGAACACUCUCUGCUACUUUGGCCAUGUCGCAGUUACGUGCUUCAGUUUCCAUUUUCUAAAGAGAGAGUCAGAAAAAGGUUUUCCUACCUCAUCUACAGUGUAAGAAUUAUUGUAAAGCAUUCUGAAGAUGACAAGUGGCUCCUAACAUUUAAAUCAUGGUCUGGAAAGUCAUUUUCAUUAAGAACCACCCUAGGAGUAUCUCCAGGGCGAGUUUCUAGCCAUCAGGGUGCCCUGUACGGUUACAGAACAGACUGGCUUCGUUUUUUUUAGUACAUACCCACCCAUCAGUUGUUAAAAAAGGCAGACUUCGCUUCUCAUUAAAGGUGUUAAUAUUUUAUGGAUGUGUGUGGGGUAGGGGAAGUUUACUAAGGCCAUGUCUACACGACAAAAUUAAGUUGACCUAACUUACAUCAGCACACAGCCACCGCCGCAAUUACAUCGCUCAUACAUGUCUACACUUUGCUCGUGUCGGCGGUGGACGUCCUCACAAGGAGUGCUUGUAUUGAUUGUACUGUUAGUGGGGGGCAUUGCAGGAAGGCUUCUGAAAGCCUGUAACAGUCGACAUAAGCAACGCAGCAUCUACAUUGACUCUGCGUCAACCUAACUAUAUCAACCUUGACUUUACGCCGCUCGUGGAGGUGGAGUUAUUAAGUUGGCGUAACUGGGCAGUUACACUGGCAGGAGCGAAAUUUAAGUGUAGCCGCUUCCAUAGUUAACAAGCGGUCUUGCAUCAACCUAACUCUGUAUCAUAGACCAGGCCUUAGUCCUUGUGGGUGGUGGCUAGAAGUUACUCUCUUGAUGAGACGUGUGUCUAUCCCACUGGUGGAGAGAGGAGGAAUUAAGGCACUCGUAUAAUACAUAAAAAGACAUACCUUCUUUCUAACUCCAUGUGUAGCUUUUCCACCCAAAGGGUCUGUGCAGAGGUAGCUGCUCCUGCACCGCAGGGCAUAUACCUCAAAUUCUAGUAGAAGGAGCUUCAGAGCAGCAGUAACCCGGGGAGGGCCGCUCACGGUCAGCAAACAGCUUAGCAGCGACAGGGAAGGAAUGAAGAACUCUUUCCAUUUAACGAGCCCAUAAGAGCAGGGAUCUAAAAGUUCGACCCUUUUGGUGAGGGGAGAGGAGUGUCAAUUGAACACUAGUUAGCACAGGUUUUGCAAUAAGAAUGGCCGAGAGCAGUUUCUUGGCUGGUAUAAGCUAAUUUAAUCAUUUUAAUCUACACUGUAACUUUGCUUUUUCAAAAAUUUCAGAGGAAUUUGUCCCUAAAUGCCACAUAACAUUUAGACCUAGAGAGGAGUGAUGAUCUGGGGAAUUUGCUUGUACACUUUAUAAAUUCAUUGUCAGAUUAUGAACUCUGUAUCUUUACCAAGCUGCAAACUCCAUUUCAAAUAAAGGGCUAGUC